UACGGGGCCGGUAGCAUGCCCGAGCGUUUCAGGGAACUUCCACCAGCCGGCAGCCGCCCCUCCCCGCCGCGGCCGGGCGCUGGGCGCAUGCACCGCCUCAGCUCCCUCCUCCGUGGCGCCCCUACGGCGCCCAUGGGGCGGAGCGCGGCCAUGGCGGCGGCACCAGGAGGCGGCGGGGGCGGGCGGCGGGCGGUGGUGGCGGCGCUCCUGCUCGUCGUGCUGCAGCUGGCGAGCCUGUGUGGGGCGGGUACCACCGCCGCCCUGCCCGUAGUCAUCAACACCUGGGCGUUUAGGAAGGCCACAGAGAGAGCGUGGCAAGUAUUGCAGUUGGGUGGUUCUGAGCUGGAUGCAGUUGAGAAAGGCUGUGGUCAGUGUGAGAUUGACCAGUGUGAUGGGAGUGUGGGAUAUGGAGGAAGUCCAGAUGAAAGUGGAGAAACAACACUGGAUGCGAUGAUUAUGGAUGGGAACACUAUGGAAGUUGGGGCAGUUGCAGAUCUCAGACGAGUCAAAAAUGCAAUUGGUGUAGCACGAAAGGUCAUUGAGCACACUAAGCAUACAUUAUUAGUGGGAGAGUCAGCUUCCCUGUUUGCUGUACGCAUGGGGUUUCCAUAUGAAGAUUUAACUACCCCAAAAUCUCUUUCGAUGUAUUCAAAGUGGCUUAAUCAAAGCUGUCAGCCAAACUACUGGAAGAAUGUGGUACCAGAUUCUUCAAAAUCAUGUGGACCAUAUAAAAGACUUGAAAAGGUUACUUGCGAAAAAUGGACCGUCUCACAAAGAAGUGUUCAUAAUCAUGAUACUAUUGGUAUGGUUGUAAUUGGUGAGAAUGGAACCGUUGCUUCUGGGACAUCUACUAAUGGUGGAGUCCACAAAAUUCCAGGCCGUGUAGGAGACUCUCCAAUAGCAGGAGCAGGAUCCUAUGCUGAUAGUACAGCUGGAGGAGCUGCAGCCACUGGGGAUGGUGACAUCAUGAUGCGCUUCUUACCCAGCUAUCAAGCUGUAGAGUAUAUGAGGAUGGGAAUGGACCCAACCGUAGCCUGUCAGAAAGUUAUUUCCAGAAUCCAGAAGUAUGCUCCAGAGUUCUUUGGUGCUGUUAUAUGUGCCAAUACAACUGGAAGUUAUGGUGCUGCAUGUAGUAAAAUUCCAGGAUUCACUCGGUUUCACUUCAUGGUUUAUAGCCCUUUGCUAAGUCAGGCAGCUGAGCAAGUAGUAGAUUGCAUUUAAUUUCUUUUGGCUUAUUGACAUCUAAACUUAAAGGGUUAAACUUAAAGUGCUAAGGUUCUGCAGGUGUUACUUUUAAAAUUUUUGUUUUUUUCACUGUUCCAUAAUAAUGUGAACAAGUACAAAGAUAUGUUGAUGUUGAAGAUAUUAUUUCACUGUUUUUAUUGUGUUCUGCUUUAUUAUAGCUCUGUGUAGUGCUGCUAAACUCAAUCUGUAGCUUUCUAUCCUAAUUACUUGGUAAAUUGAUUCUAAAUUAUUGUGAACAGGUACUUUAGGACAAGAUUUUUGAAAAUGGACCUUGUAGUGCAUCAGGAAAGUGGAUAUAGUUGCAAAAUUAGUUAGUGCUGAUACUUUCACAGUUAACAUAAGGGAUUUCUCUCUGUUUAAAAAUGGUCAUCUAAGUGAAAUGGAUGAAAAUUGGCCUCUGUAGUGAGGCAUAUCA